UUUUCGUUUUAGCAUUAUCCAUCCAACAGAUGAGGCAAGCGAGGUGUUUGGAAUCGUUAGCAUGCUGGACAAAAUCUCUAGUGUCAUUUUCACUGUCAAGACAUUAAUGAAAACGUUUUUCCUUCCUAUAACAAAAAUUAAUUCGUUUCAGUAUUUCAAAUAAGCCCUAACGUUUUUAUACAUUCCCCAUUAAGAACCUCUUUCCUCGGAUAAUACUGGCAGAAAUUUAAUCUUUGUUCUCUUCUCUCGUCUGAAAUGAACGACUUCUCUGAGUAGAUUUCAACUAUUGUAUGAAAAAUACGAUUGAGGGAACUAUUUGAAGAUUAAAAGUUUAAUCAAAUUAAUAUCUCAUGACAUUGGCAUCAAAGAAUUCUUUACCAUCAAACACAUUAGCAGUAUUUAUCAUUUAAAGAUUAAAGGAAGGUAUUUUACACAGAACAUAUAUAACAUUGUUUUGUGAUUAAUAACAUUUCUCAACUUCACUAUUUGGAAUAAUUACAAGAUGAUUUUUGCCUUCAUACUGAACUUGAAUUACCGAGGCAUUUGCAGAAUCUUCAGGUAGCAACAAAGACCACUGUUGAUGAAAUAUAGCAGUGUAAACAUAAGUAUUUGUUUGAAAUCAACUAUAAAAAUAAAAAGAGAUAAACAUCUCUGUAUUGUGUUUUGAGAAGCUUAAUUAUGGAAAAUGAAUUGUAUGAGAAAGUUGAAUUUAAAAGGGAAUCUAAAAGAAUAGAUUCUCCUGAUGCUACAAAGAAAAAAACAGAUAAAACCCCAUACCAGUGUGAUAUUUGUAACAAGAUAUUUUCUAAAAAGAGUCACCUCAUUAGACAUGAACGUAUUCAUACAGGAGAUAGACCAUAUCAUUGUGACAUCUGUGGCAAAUCAUUCUCUCAGAGACAUGUCUUGACUACUCAUGAAUAUAUUCAUACAGGUGAGAAACCAUAUCACUGUGAUACCUGUGGUAAAUCCUUCUCUCAGCGUAAAAACUUAACUAUACAUAUACGUAUUCAUACAGGAGAUAAACCAUAUCAUUGUGAAACAUGUGGUAAAUUAUUCUCUCAAAGGCAGCACUUAACUGAACACAAAUAUAUUCAUACAGGGGAGAAACGAUAUCACUGUGAUAUCUGUGGUAAAUCAUUUUCAAAAAAUGGCGACUUAACUAAACACGUACGUAUUCAUACAGGAGAAAAGCCAUAUCACUGUGAAGUCUGUGGUAAAUCUUUCUCUCAUAAUGGUGACUUAACUAAACACAAUCGUAUUCAUACAGGAGAAAAGCCAUAUCAUUGUGAUAUCUGUGGUAAAUCGUUCUCUCGGAGACAUACCUUAACAACUCACAAAUAUAUUCAUACAGGUGAGAAGCCAUAUCACUGUGAUAUCUGUGGGAAAUCAUUCUCUCAAAGUCAGCGCUUGACUGAACACAUAUAUAUUCAUACACAAGAUAAACCAUAUCACUGUGAUAUCUGUGGGAAAUCAUUCUCUCAAAAUUGUGACUUAACUAAACACAGCCGUAUUCAUACAGGAGAGAAGCCAUUUCAUUGUGAUAUUUGUGGUAAAUCAUUUUCUCAUAAAAAUAGCUUAACUACACACAACCGUAUUCAUACAGGAGAAAAGCCUUAUCUUUGUGAUAUCUGUGGUAAAUCUUUCUCUUAUAGAAUCAGCUUUAAUACACACAAAUGUAUUCGUACAGAAAAAUAACUGUAUCAGUUUCAAAAUGAUAUAUUGUCCUUAAAAUAAAGAUCUUUGUGUUUGUCAAUCAAA